CUCUUGGCUCUUCGCAACGACCAGUUCGGUUUGGCUCGCGUUUGAGAAAACUUCGUGGCCAGUGCUUCCACGGAUUUUCCUUUGAAGAGAUUUCACGUAACGUCGUUGGUUUCCGCUCUUUUCAUUUUUUUUCUGUCUGUCUUUCCUUGACGGUGAUACCGUCCCUUGGACAGCUGCCAACGUAUGUUAGAAAUUAGAGAUAUGACGAGGUGCGACUGAUAGAUAUGUUCUUGGAUUUUUAUUUUGCAAAAGUUGUAUUUCUCUUAAGAAAAACAUUUAACUGUUUUCAAGAGCAUUCUUAGCUAAAGUGAAGCCUCCCCCGCCGUGCAGCACACGUGUCGGUUAAGAAAGUUUACAGAAGAGAGAAAGAAUAAAUACUAUGUCGGACAGUGAAGAUGCCGGUAGUGAAGGGAGUCAGCAACGUUUACAUCGGCCCAGUCUCACGCGAAAGAUGCGUAGAAGCAUCAAGAAAGUCAAAAGGAGUAUUCAGAAGAUGACUGAGGAUUUCUACGACGAAGGUCCACAACCUAUUCACGUGGUACCUGAACGUUUAGCCGCUCUAGUUGAGCGCACUGGAUUUUCAAAAGAUGAAAUUUGCAAAAUGUAUCGUGCUUUUAAGCAGCAUUGCCCUGGUGGUGCAGCCACAACGAACGACCUGAAGCCGGCUUAUGCGAAAUUAUUUCCUCUUGGUGACUCUACGAAAUAUGCGCAGAUUGUUUUUAAUAUCUUUGAUAAAGAUGGGGACGGUGUUGUGAGUUUUGCUGAUUUUCUUGUUGGCAUGGCCUCUAUUGUACGGGGUAGUGCGGAUCAAAAACUCUCAUGGAUAUUUGGGAUGUAUGAUCUGAAUGGAGACGGACACAUCACCAGGCAUGAGAUGCUGGCCAUAGUCUCAGCUAUUUAUGAGAUGGUGCAAAACAGUCAGACUAUCCACCGUGCAGUUACCAGACAUGUUGAUAGAAUCUUCGAGAAGAUGGAUCUGGAUAAGGAUGGUGUCAUCUCGAAAGAAGAGUUUAUGACCAGCUGCAAAAAUGAUCUGACUAUUUGUGAUCAACUAACAAUAUUUGAUGAUUUUUGGUGGUAGCUAACAUUAGAUCAGCAAUGACAACUUAUUGGGUUAUAUAUAUAUAUACUCCCAACACUCCAAGUGCCCUAUACAUUGUUGAAUAUCCUAUUAUGUUUAUAUAUAUACACACACACAUGCAUUGUAUUUAUAAAUGAUAUUUUUAAAAAUUCCAAAGUGCCUAAUAUUUAAAUUGUGUAAUAAACAAGUACAAUGUAUGUUGAUCAAAUUUUGACCUACCUCUAAAAAAGGCGCUUUUGUAAAAUAUAAAAAACACAGGCGAGAAAGAACGCAAAAGCUAAAACUAAUAAAGCUUUAUCUGUAA